AUGUCCAAUGACAUAAACUCGAACCCAUAUCGCGAACAGCCUUCGCCUACCGUGAGAUACAUAACUCAAGAGUUUAACAUAUCUCCUGGCGAGAAAUUUUACGGAUUCGGAGAGCAAUUUACACCGUUCGUUAAGAAUGGGCAACAUGUCGACAUCUGGAACCAAGAUGGUGGAACUGCGUCGGAACAGGCGUACAAAUGUGUGCCCUUCUAUUUCAGCACCGCAGGGUACGGCCUUUUUGUCAACCACCCUGGAGAGGUGGAGUUUGAGGUGGGGUCCGAAAAGGCGUCACGCGUCGCUUUCGCCGUCCGCGGCGAGUCGUUGGAAUAUUUUUUCAUCUACGGCUCCAAUCCACUCGAGAUUUUGUCACGAUACACGCUUUUGACCGGACGACCUGCUCUUCCGCCGUUAUGGACGUUCGGUCUCUGGCUGUCGACCUCCUUCCUCACUAACUAUGACAGCGAAACUGUCUCCGGAUUCCUAGAGGGAAUGCAAAAACGCGACUGCCCCGUUCGCGUCUUCCACCUGGACUGCUUCUGGAUGAAGCAAUAUGAAUGGUGUUCGUUUACCUUUGAUCCCGACCACUUUCCCGAUCCCGGUCGGUAUCUUGCGGACAUCAAGAGUAAAUAUGGUGUCAAAAUCUGUCUCUGGAUUAACCCAUAUAUAUCUCAGUUCUCCCCACUUUUCGAUGAAGGUGCAAAGGAGAACUAUUUCCUCAUGCGCACGAAUGGCGACAUAUGGCAGUGGGACCUCUGGCAACCCGGCUUAACUAUUGUAGAUAUGACGAAUCCAAAAGCACGGGAAUGGUACAAGUCCAAACUCGUGGCACUCAUGGAUUUGGGCGUCGACUGCUUCAAGACAGAUUUUGCAGAAAGAAUCCCCCAUGUCAACGUCAAGUUUCACGAUGGGAGCGAUCCAUACGCAAUGCACAAUAUGUAUACCGUCAUCUAUAACCAACUUGUUUACGAGACAUUGGAGGAACGAUAUGGCAAAGGAGAGGCUGUUCUCUUCGCUCGUAGUUCAUUCGCCGGUGGUCAACGUUUCCCUGUGCACUGGGGUGGCGAUUGUGAAAGUACCUUUGAAGGAAUGGCCGAGACACUGCGAGGCGGGCUCUCACUUCUGCUUUCCGGGUUUGCAUUCAGCUCCCAUGAUAUUGGUGGCUUUGAGGGUACGCCGCCGCCGCCUGUGUAUAUGCGGUGGCUUGCGUAUGGCCUCUUUUCAUCUCAUUCACGCCUCCACGGGUCUGAAUCGUACCGCGUUCCCUGGGUCUAUGGCGAAGAGGCUGCUAGCAUUCUGGCCAAAUAUCUCAAUGAGAAGCACAGGCUUAUGCCAUACAUCUAUGCUCAGGCUAUCAAGGCGCAUAUGCGCGGGGUCCCAGUACAACGCGCAAUGCUCGUGGACUUCAUCGAGGAUCGCACGACACAUAGCCUUGAUCAACAGUACAUGUUUGGGCCUUCUCUUUUGUUCGCUCCGGUCUUCAAUGACGACAAGGCGGAUACGGAGUACUACCUCCCGCCUGGAGUGUGGACCGCCUACACACCGUUGUUGGGCGACAAGAAGCCACGAGUGAUCCAUGGGCCACGCUGGGUCAAGGAGUCCGUACCCAUGUCUGAAAUUCCAUGCUUUGUGAGGGCGGGUAGUCUAUUGCCGCUCGGUCCACAAAACAUGAAGAGGCCAGACUACAACCUUGCGGAGAACUUGGAAGUGAGACUGUAUCACCCCGAGGUCGGGACGAAGAUUUCGUGUGAUAUUCCAUCGGGACGAGGCAUGGAGAUUGCGGCCACAGUGGAAGUCGAUUGCACGGAGCGCACGCUUUCAUUCCGUGUGGUCAAUGGCGCCCUCGACCAAUGGUCCAUUCGACUUUUCCAAGAGUCUAGUCCACAGUGGGGUGAGAUUCAAGGCGCGCAAGGCUCUGACACUGAAUGCGAGCAAUUUGGUGGAUAUGUGUUCAAGGUCGCCAAGGGUGCAACAGAAGUGACAAUUAGUCGAUGA